GAGGAAGCUUCUCCCAGUUCACUAGUUGAUAUAACUCUGCACUAUUUGAGCUCCAACUUAGAAAAGUUUUGCAAGGAGAGACCAGAUGGAACGUUCUGUUUACAAGAUGCUGCAGUGUUUCCACAGGAAGUCGCCGAUCGGCUUUUACAAACUAUGGCAAUUCAAAGAAAACUAAAUGAAGUGUCUGUAGGAAUUUUCCGCGGAAAUCAGUUAAGGCUGAAGCGUGCCUGCAUCCGCAAGGCGAAGAUAUCUGCUGUAGCCUUUCGUAGGGCGUUUUGCCACCACAAGUUGGUGGAGCUAGAUGCAACUGGGGUCAAUGCAGACAUAACCAUUACUGACAUCAUCAGUGGGCUCAGUAGUAGUAAAUGGAUCCGGGAAAACCUCCAAUGUCUAGUCCUGAACUCUCUUACUUUAUCAUUGGAGGAUCCAUAUGAACAAUGCUUUAGCCGCCUGUCUGGACUUCGGGCCCUGAGCAUCACCAAUGUUCGGUUUUAUAACGAAGACCUGGCGGAUGUUGCCUCACUUCCCAGGUUGGAAAGUUUGGAUAUCUCCAACACCUCAGUGACUGACAUUACUGCCCUUCUGGGUUGCAAAGACAGAUUGAAAUCCCUCACAAUGCACCACUUGAAGUGUUUAAAAAUGACAACCACGCAAAUCCUAGAAGUAAUCAAGGAGCUGAAGCAUCUUAACCAUUUAGAUAUAUCUGAUGACAAGCAGUUCACGUCAGACAUAGCUUGUCGCCUGCUAGAGCAGAACGAUAUUCUACUCAACCUGGUUUCAUUGGACAUCUCUGGAAGGAAGCAUGUUACGGAUAAGGCAGUGGAGGCUUUUCUCACGCAGCGCCCUCAGAUCCAGUUUGUUGGUCUCUUAGCCACUGAGGCUGGGUACUCUGAGCUUCUUUCUGGAGAUGGAAAUGUGAAGGUGUCUGGAGAAGCAAAUCAGACACAGAUUGCUGAGGCGCUGCGCCGCUACAGUGAGCGCUCCUUCUUUGUGCGGGAGGCUCUCUUUCAUCUGUUCAGCUUGACGCAUGUUAUGGAUAAAGCCAACCCAGAGAUGCUAAAGUUAGUUGUGGUAGGCAUGAGAAACCAUCCAACAAACCUACCUGUACAACUAGCGGCCAGCGCAUGUGUUUUCAACCUGACCAAGCAGGACCUGGCAGCAGGGAUGCCUGUAAAACUCCUGGCAGAUGUGACUCACUUACUUCUAGAAGCCAUGAAACAUUUUCCAAAUCACCAGCAGUUGCAGAAAAACUGUCUCCUGUCCCUUUGCAGUGAUAGAAUCUUGCAAGAUGUCCCAUUCAACAGAUUUGAUGCAGCAAAGCUUGUAAUGCAGUGGUUGUGUAAUCAUGAAGACCAAAACAUGCAAAGGAUGGCAGUAGCCAUUAUCUCUAUUCUCGCUGCAAAGCUCUCAACUGAACAGACAGCUCAGCUAGGAGCAGAGCUUUUCAUCGUAAGGCAACUUUUGCAAAUAGUGCGACAGAAGACCAGCCAGAGCUUGGUGGACACCACUUUAAAGUUCACCCUCAGUGCCUUGUGGAACCUGACAGAUGAAUCUCCAACUACAUGCCGCCACUUUAUAGAGAACCAGGGACUGGAGCUCUUCAUGAAGGUCCUAGAGACUUUUCCUUCAGAGUCGUCCAUCCAGCAGAAAGUUCUGGGUUUGCUGAAUAAUAUAGCGGAGGUGAAGGAGCUGCACUCGGAGCUCAUGUGGAAGGACUUCAUUGAUCAAAUCAGCAAGCUUUUGCACAGUGUAGAGGUGGAGGUCAGUUAUUUUGCAGCGGGAAUCAUUGCACAUCUAGUAUCCCGGGGAGAAGAGACCUGGACCCUCAGCACAGGCUUAAGGGAAACGCUGCUAGAGCAACUGCAUUCUGCCAUACUUGGCUGGCCAACACCAGAAUGUGAGAUGGUUGCUUAUAGGUCCUUUAACCCUUUCUUCCCACUGCUGGCAUGCUUCCGCACACCCGGUGUGCAGCUCUGGGCUGUAUGGGCUAUGCAGCACGUCUGCAGCAAAAAUCCUGUUCGAUACUGCAGCAUGCUAAUUGAAGAGGGCGGUUUGAUGAAACUGCACAAUAUCAGAGACCACGCAGGUGCCAACGUGGAUGUUCUGCGUAUUACCAUCUCCAUCCUGGAUAACCUUGAAAGGCACCUUACGCGGCAUGGCAAUUCUUUAUUUCCAAGUCCGCCACCCUGCAAGUGA